CUUCGUGUCAAAGAUAAAUUUUGAGCUACCUGUUGUGAGACCGUUCAAGGUCGUUUAAACGAAACGGCGGGGGAUUUUGAAAGGAUCUAACCUUUUUACCGUGCUCGUUAAUGUCAGUCAAAAUUAAGAAAUCAGUCGCUAGGUUUCUAAACCAUCAAGUUGCUCAUAGAAUUAAACUCUUAGAAUCAGCCCUGCUCGAAAUCCAUGAUCUUGAUAACCGCAUGAAGAUGGAACUAUUGGCUUUGAACACCCUUGCGAAUCCGAACGAUGACGAAUUUUGUGAAGAGGAUUGUAUGACAUAUAUGUCUGCAGAAGACGAGAACCACCAGGACAUAGUUUUUGUUAGCUAGCUUACCAGGGAAACAUAAACGUUUUGUAGGGAAUUCCCUAAUCUAUCCAGUCAUAUAAUAAUUUGAUGGUACUGCAAAAAAUUUAAGAAGAUUUUGAGGAAAUAACUCGGAGCGGUGUUUUUAUGUUAAGUGUCAUAAUCUCCUGUUCGAAAUCUGCACAUCGUCAUUUCAUCGACCAAAUCUGAGUAUUCAACUUUCGACCGUCUGAAACUACCUUCCACUUCAGCUCUGACAGCCCGGUAGUGACAUUAAAUUUUAUGCAACUAAAAUAUAACCCAUAGUAUAGUGUAUAUGUCUGUACUUGGAAAUUAAACCACAUCGUUUUGUCCCGAGUUCUUUGAUCUACAGGCUACUCUUAUUCGGUUGUCCACCUAUCACAUUUGAGUUAUAUGAUACUUUGAUGGUUAAAAUAUUAGUGCUGACAAAAUUAGAAGUAUUUGUUUUGUUCACGUCAGUUAUGCUAAUGGUAUUCUCAAUUGUUCCAUGUCAUGAUAAGUAGGUUCUGUUAUAGAAAUAGUUAAAUAUCUACCGAUUUACAAGCAUAUUCAUGUUGAUCUAAAAAUCCAUGUUACACAUAAUUGACAGAGAUAUAAAGUUAGACUGUUUAACUAAAUGUUUACGCACUCCUUCGAAAAGACAAUUGUCUCAAGAUUUAUAGUAAUGCAGGGCAAAAGUCGGCACCCAGUUAUUCCUAGUUGCUAGUGGGAAUGGAACAUGUGCAGUGUCGAAAGGCUAUUCUGGUGAAAUUGUGUAGUAACUAUAAUCUACACCUAGUUAGUUAGAAGUGAAGACAAAGCAUAAAGCAAGGACAAAGUUAACGUGAUGGGUCGGGUUAUACUAGUGCUAGCUUGUUUUAUUACCUAAUCUAAAUAUAUAGUCACCCAAGAGUAAUGUACAUUUAAAAUAUCUGCGAAGUCUAGUAAUAUAAAGUUUAUGUUCGUAUUUUUUUCACGGGUUGAACGGAUUAUAGCCACAAGUGUAUGAUGUUUUAGAGUAGAGGUAACUAUCGAAAUAGCCAACAAGUUAUGAUAAUGAUCUUGUUCCAUGAACGAAUUUUGUCAGAUGGUCCUAGUCCGGGAAAUUUACUUGCAAGUAAUUAAUAUAGAGUAAAGAUUCAGAAUGCGACGUCUUCGCUUCUGAAAAAUACGACUGUAUGUUCCUGGGUUUUGGAUUGAAGCAGUGGAUGUAAAAGAUGGUUCAUCUCAUCCAGUUUCAACGUGUUGAUUGAGAGUAUUCAGAUGACAAUUCUGCUUGGCGAAGACAAUGACAAAAACAAUCCACUGAAUUCUUCGAAUAGUAACGCAGGAAUAUUCGUCUCCGUACCUCUAAAUUCUGGGCUGGUCUGGAUGGGUUCAUGUCUAACUUAACCUUGUGCAGUGAAAUUGUUUGAAACAUUAGUUUCUUCAAUUAUUUUAGAUGUCUUAAGUACCGUGGUAGGCUGGUUGCUAUCUUGGCACAGAUAUACUAAUAUCUUUUGGUUACUGUAGAGCGUGUUCGCUUUCUAAUUAGAAUGAAAGUAUACUGUGUGUUAGUUCAUUUUACAUUACUUUGCUGCUGUAAAAGGUGGUUUAUGAGAUUAGAGGUCUUUCACAAGUCACAAGUAUAUAAUUAUAGAUGCCUGCAAAUUAUCCCCGGCAUUCAAUGGAAGCACAAAAGUGGUGUUCCCUUCGCUUUUGGUCACUGGCUAGUACCACUUUCCCUCACACUUUAAUGUGACUCAUACCCAAUUACCUAAUGAAGGAGCCAGUAUGGUUUUUAUCAUUUAUUUUAGGUGAAGACAGUAGGUAAAUGUGACAAGACCAUGUGUGGUCAGCGCCUUCUCCAUUUUAGUCUGAUAACACUCACGAAAGUAGCAUCUAAGGUUUUUUAACAAUCUGGAUUUGACUUUCAUCACUAACUGACAGUUGUAAACCAGGAAACGGUGGGCAUCUGUCUCCUACCCUAAAACUCGGGAUUGACUACUUUCAAUCCUAUAUCCUGUACUUUUCGACAUUGUGUUCACCUCCAAACACAAAGGUUUUGUUUGAUCUUGGUGCAGUAUGCUAAAAAGUUUGGGACCAAAAAAUAAUUUUCCAGUACUAUUUGGUAUUCAGUGCUUUUCCGUUGAUGUCGAGCCAUGGUUAACUAUCUUUUACUGUUUUUGAUAUUAAAAAAUAUUUUGGUGCUGUAUAUAUUUGGUUUUUAACUUGUCACCUAUUUAUUUUUUGGUAGGAAUUAUUAAAAAGCCAUGAGAAUUUUGAGGAUUCCAACUGUGAUGUUAAAUAUGAGUUGGUAGAUUUGAACGAUGAUGUUACAGCUUAUGAAGCAUCAAUUAAUAAAGUCGACGAACAAAUUCAACCAAUCGAUGUCCACCAAUCACACUCUUGUUUUACUAAGGGUCGAAAUAUAUCUACACUGAAAACAUUCGAUUUUCUUACUGGUCUUAUUAAUGAUCGAUCGUUAGGACUGACUUCUUGUUUACCUGUUGAUAUAGAUCAUUGUUCAGAGUAGUCAUUUUCUAUUCAUGCAUUCUUGUACAAAAGAUUCGAUUCUAACUUUAAAACAUUUGUAAAUAUAUAUGUACCCAGUUAUUCAAUACACAUUCAUUUAUACUUACUGUUAUGAUUUCUGAAAGAUUAAUGUGUUGAUAAAACCGUAUGAUUCGCAAAACUGCAAGUCGUUUGCUGAAGCCAUUUUCUUGGUUAUAAAGUAUAAAACACUUAUGUUACUGGUAAAGUUUGUGAGUGGAGAGUUGAGAUGUUUUGUUGAGUACCUAGUUUGUCGAAUGCUCGGAUGGUAUUCUCGUGAUUGUCAGGUUGCCUGACCUGCCAGUGGGGGAUGAAACAAUCCAUUGUUGUGUACCAGAUUCAGUGAGCCGUAUGCUAUAUUUGUACUCCCUCCUGUUAUUGUCACACCUAGCCGUAGCUGCUACCUUGACGCGGUGGUUGGCUUUGAUCAUUGAGUUGACUCAGUCUUUAUACACGGACUGGAACACUUGUUCCUGGAGGUUUUACACGAUAUUUCGGUUGAAGGUGAAUGAGACUAGACGUAACAACUUGAUGCUCAUUUUCGAAAUUGUUUUUUAACUUUUGUUCCGUGAAUUCACUUUUUUCUGUGAAUCAUAUUCUCUACUCCUAAAUCUCUUGCUAUUAAUGGUACGGAUACUGUAGUGUUCAUUAUAAAUUUGUUUAACUGUGCUGAUAGUGUAAAAACCCAUGUCGAUACACGUUUUCACUAGUUUCUACGUUGCGUUUUACUGACUGAAUACUUUACAGAUCAGUUCAUUUGUAGUACAUCUGUAUUAUAGUUGUCCAUAAUCCAUACACAGUAUGGAUAACAUACUGACCUCAUCCGUCAUAACUUCAUUGAAACUAAGAAUACUGUAACGUGUUGAAUGAUUUGAAACAAUAAUGUCUGAGGUCCAUAAGCUUUUCGGUAGGUCGUCAGGAAAAAUUAGUAGUUAAAUCGUGGUGUUGUUUCUCUUGAACUACCACUAUUGAGUGCAAAUGGAUUUAGCAUUUUAUGAAACGCCUUGACUGGUUGCCUCUCUUUAUAGUUGGGAAAGCCUUUCCGAAUUAUUCCCAUAUUUUUAAUAGCGAUUUGGUGAUUAUUAAAAACAGCAUGUACUGCUGUUGCCGAUUCAAUUUGUAGAUUUGUCAACUCUACGGGAUUAUCAGGAAAUCUUUUUGUCUAACUUAAGUGCCACGAGUCGAGAUUUCACGAGAUUCUUCCAAUGGUUGAAAAUAGGGAUGAGUCUGAGAUAAGUGAACUUCUAAAAGAAUUAAAGCCUUCUAUUGGCGUUUACUUAUUGUUUACCUUAUAUCCCAAAUUCGAAGCCACAUUAUGUUCUUAGAGGGUGCCGAAAUUUCACAAACUAGGUACCUAUUGGGUGAAGACUGGUCGAAUAAGCAAUAUGAAGUUGGGGUGGGGCAGGGUGAAGGUGGCAAUGUUGAGGGAAAAAGAAUAGGUCAAUCAGAUUACGAAUUAUCAACUAUCUGAGCUGCGUAUAACGAUUAUUAGUAUUGUGCUUUGUGAUGAAGACUUCCCAGUUGUUGUCUUUGUAUAAAUGGGAAUCAACGGUAGAAAUACCGACUUUUUGGUGACGUUCACAGUAGUUCGAGAUAUUUUUAAUUAUUUUGCUUUAGAUGGAUCUUCAAAAAUAUUUGAUUUCACCAUCGGUUAGGGUAAAUUACGCACUUAUGUAGUUAACCGUGUUGGAUUUUUUAAGUAAUAUUGUUAUCAAAAGCUAUUUAUCGGAAACUUAUCUACUGUUAAUUGUUAUUGACUUACUGGUUAAAUCAACCAACUUUCACUUAUUAAGAUGUGAGAUUCAGCGCUGUCCAUCUGUUUCUGUUCAAGCAGUCAAAUAAUAUCGAUAGCUUUCACAUCAAAUGUUUUAAUCAAAGUCGAAUACAUGAACCUGUAUAUGGUUACUGAACUGUAUUAGAUUAAAUUACUUAUGUGAUGAAACAAGUCCGUUUUUUUUGUCUACACAUGUGUUCACACAUAGUAAUGUGAUCACCUACUGUACUUACUUACGCCUGUUACUCCCAAUGGAACAUAGGCCGCCGACUAGCAUUCUCCAACCCACUCUGUCCUGAGCCUUCCUUCCUAGUUCUAUCCAAAUUUUUUUUUCAUUCUCAUGUCUGCCUGUACAUACAUGUAUUUCACUUUAAUUUUAGUAUUCAUCCCAGUCUUCAUUAUUAUCAUUGUCACCUGAACAACAAUUGAGAAUAUCAAAAGAAUUUCCAUUAGAUAAUGAAUUAAAACAUCGUCAUUAUGAUUCAAUUAAUGAUGAUGGUGACUUCUAUCAGAAUUCAGAUUCGAACAGUAGUUCCUUGAUAUUUGAUUCAGAUAUAUUAAAAAAUUCUUCAAAUAAUAAUAGUAUAACACAAAUUGAAUGUAUGAGACAUUAUUCAGAUCAUCAUAAUGGUUCAUCAUCUGUUACACGAUUUAUGGAACAUGUAUAUAUACGUGAAGAAGAUAAUGAUAGUGAUGAUGAUAGUAUAAAUUCAGAUUAUGUUAACAAUAAAAUUUCAACGAAAAAAUGUACAUAUAUUUAUAUUGGACUAUUAUCAAUUAUUAUUUGUAUUACAUCAAUUCUAUUUGUAUUUUACAUAUAUCCAAUGUCCAUUUCACUUACAUCACCAUCAUCUCCUUCUGUUCAUGAACAAUCUUUAUCAUCUGUACAAAAAAUCAGAACACAACAUCUAACCAAUCAGUUAUCCCAAGAAUUUCAAGGUCAACAUAAACGACUUUGGGCUCAAAUUCGUUCUGCUUUAGAAUCACCAUUUCAACAUGAAUAUACAAAUCAUCAAAGGCAAACUACUAAUGAAAGGAUUUCUCCUGUAGUACUUCUCAUUGUCAAUCGUUGUAUACAUCCAAUGGUCAAUAAUCAAUCUAAACAACAUCAUUCUACAUUUAAUCACAAUGAAAAUGAAUCAUUUCAUUGUUUUAUUACACGUCUUGGUCAAUUAGUUAAUCAUUUAUAUUUGUCGAAUUCUAAAAAUUCAUGUUCAAUUAUAAAAGCUUACCAAUUGGACUCUUUAAAUAAACAAAAGGUUAGUAAUAAUUAUCAUAUUGAUCAGUUAUAUUUAUUCAUAGUAUGAGACUCUUCAACAGUGCGCAUCCAGUAGAGUUAAUCCGUGUCAGGUAGAAACAGAUAUCUACCUCAGACAAUGGAAGAUGGUCGCGUAAUUUCGUAGACUGGUUGAAGUUAGACAUUAACACCGUGUUGUUAGCCGGUUUAAGGAAAUAUUGGAUUUAUAUUUAUUCUCCCAUUGGAUAAACCUCAUGGCUAAUGUUUGAAAAAACAGAGCCAAUUAUUUGUAUCAUUGUUGAGAUUUAUUCAAUCAGUAGCUAUCAUUGAAUGUUAUAAUUAAGAUGCAUCAAAAUCUAUUCACUUUUCAACAUGUUAUAUGUUGUAAUUGUUGAGAAGUCUGGAAGUCUGAUUAGCCCUAAUGGGUUGGUGUCUGACGAAAUCUCUACGCCGAUUCAGAAAGUUUGUUUGGCUUUUGCCAACUUACAUCACCUAUGGCGAAGGCGAGACAUCUGUCUAUCAAUUAAGGGACUAGUAUACUGUGCAGCAGUUCGUUCUGUUCUACUUUACAGCUGCGAAACGUGGCCAUUAGGGGUAGAAAAUACUCGUGUGCUACUACUAUUUGAUCACAGACGUCUUAAAAAUAUAGCUCGCAUAUGCUGGGAUCACCAGCUAAGUAAUAGUGAAGUUAGACGCAGGGUAUUAGAGAAUGAUGGUAAAUCAGUUGGUGAGGUUGUAAAUCUUCAUUGACUGAUAUGCUUGGACCACGUGAACACCGAUUACCACGACGCGCAAUGCUGACUAGUGUUGAGGAUGGUUGGAAGAAUGUUAGGGGUGGCCAAACCACAACGUGGGAUCAGUCCAAGAAGUCACUAACUUGUGGUGUGAGCCAUGUGGAUGGUAGAUGCAGACUACUUUGUUGGAGCCCGCGUAACUAUCAUAAGCAAUGGUUGGAGACUGUGUGUGUGUGACAUGGCUGAGAAUCGAUCACAAUGGUGUGGGUGUAUACACUUUUAGUGUUCCCUUAAACUGUGAAAUCAACAUUGCUUUAUAUCUUUCUUCCUACCAACUGGUUCUUUCUUCCUGUAUUAUAUCGUUAUACACAAUCUUUCUUUUAUAUAGUACUACCAUUGAAGUGACUACUUUUACGAGUUUGGAGUUCAUCUUGUUGUGCUAAUGAAGUGUUGCAACUUCGACCGAUGCAUAUAUGUGGUCGCUCCUACGUUAUAACUGACUUAGAAGACUGAGUUUUAAUGUAUGAAUGAGAAGCGUACUUACUGCACCGAAGAAUGUUGCUAAACUGUUGAACGUGAAUAUUACAUUUCUCUUCGAUAUCAUACUACUAACUAAAAUGGUUAUAUGCUCAUGUGGCAGUUUAACAUUUAGUUCACUCACUUCUAACUAAUAAACCUUGGUUGCAGUCAGCAUGGUAACGCGAUUCACUGAUUAAAGUUGUUGAGUGGAAUGUUUCACUAUUGGUCACAUUAGUCCAAAUGUUUUCAUUCUGUAUCUUCCUUUUUGAGUUCCAGUAAUUCUUUAUUUCAUAUUUUCUAUGUUUAAUCUUUCUCGUUACCACUGUUACUACAUUAGAAGUAGUUUUAUUUCUAAUUAUCACUCAGCUUUUGUUAUCAAUAAAUCUUUGUAACGGGGGGGGGGCUAAGAGAACGGGUUAGUUAAGUAGUUAAAGUGUUGAGUUAUAAGUUCGAAUCUUAAUUUCUCUCUCUUUUUUUUCUUACUCAGUUUGACCAAAUGAAAUUAGACUUUGACAAUCAACUUGACAACUUAUAUAAAUCUGGUGAACGUUGUUUUCAUUUCAUUUCAAUUGAUCUACUGCCAGUUGAAGUUGUUCUAUUAUUUCAUGGUUAUACAGAUACAGAAAAUUCCAUUUAUUCCAAUUCCAUUUUAAUAAUAAGUUUAUCAAAAAGAUUUGAUGUAUUGUAAGUUAUAUUACAUGUCGUUUUUAAAUAUGAUUGAAUUGUUUCUAAUUAUUAUUAUUAUAAACGUCAAAUAAACUUGAGUGUUGUUACUAGGUGGUGAUAAAUCAUUUAUUGAUAUUGUGGAUCCAUCAUCAAGUAAGAUGACAUUCAAUGGUAGCUAGUAGGUUAGAGGAAGAUCGGGGGCAUUUAAUCUAAAACAAGUCAUCAGUUCGUGAAGUCAGUGAUAUUUGAUUUCAUUUGUAUUAAUAAAUAUGCAAGAUUUGUGGUUGGGAUCCAUUAGAUUUCCAACUACUAACUUACUUAUUUACUCUUGUUACUCCCAAUGCAGCAUAGGCCACCGACCAGCAUUCUCCAACCGACUCUGUCAUGCGCCUUCCUUUCUAGUUCUGUCCAACUGUUGUUCAUUUUUCUCAUGUCUAUAUCCAUUUCUCGGCGUAAUGUGUUCUUUGGUCUCCCUCUUUUCCUUUGGCCUUGACGAUUCCAUGUGAGGGCUUGCCUUGUGACGCAGUUGGGUGCUUUCCUCAAUGUGUGUCCUAUCCACUUCCAACACUUAUUCCUGAUUUCUUCCUCCGCUGGGAUCUGGUUUGUUCUCUCCUACAAUAGGUUGUUGUUGAUAGUGUCUGGCCAACGGAUCUGAAGUAUUUCGCAUAGACAACUGUUAAUAAACACUUGUAUCUUCUGGAUGAUGGGUUUCGUAGUUCUCCAAGCUUCCGCCCCAUACAGUAGAACUGUCUUGACAUUUGUAUUGAAAAUCCUGACUUUGGUGUUGGUCAACAGACAGUUGUUUUGAGUUCCAGAUAUUCUUGAAUUAUAGAUAUGCUGCUCUUGCUUUGUCGAUCCGUGCCUUCACGUCUGCAUCAAAUCCACCGUGUUCAUCAAUCAUGCUGCUCAGAUAUGUAAAGGUUUUUACAUCUUCCAAAGCUUCUCCGUCAAGUGUGAUUCGAUUGUUGCAUGGUGUGUUGUAUCGGAGAAUCUUGCUUUUCCCUUUGUGUAUGUUGAGACCUACUGAUGCCGAGGCUGCUGCUGCUACAUUGGUCGUCUUCUCCUUCACUUGUUGCUGUGUGUGAUAGAAGAGCCAGAUCAUCUGCGAAGUCUAGAUCGUCUAGCUACUUCCUAGAUGUCCACUGUAUCCCAUGCUUCCCCUCAGAUAUUGACGUCUUCAUGAUCCAGUCGAUCACCAGGAGAAAGACAAAGGGUGAGAGUAAGCAACCUUGCUUGACACCCAUCUUUACUUCGAACGAGUCUGUCAUUUGUCCUCCAUGCACGAUUUUCCAGUUUGAUCGAUCAUAAGAAUUCCGUAUGAUAUUUACUAUUUUCUCAGGUACGCCGUAGUGUUGAAGGAGCUUUCAUAGUGUUGUCCUGUCCACGCUAUCAAAUGCUUUUUCGUAGUCAAUGAAGUUGAUGUAGAGUGAUGAAUUCCAUUCAAUUGAUUGUUUCACAAUGAUCCAUAUUGUUGCAAUUUGGUCUGUACACGAUCGAUCAUUAUGGAAUACAGCCUGUUGGUCUCCAAGUUGGGCGUCUACGGAGUCCUUCAUUCUGUUUAACAAUACCCUGUUGAAGACUUUUCCUGGUAUUGAGAGAAGAGUGAUGCCCCUGUAGUUAUCACAGUUGCUGAGAUCGCGUUUCUUUGGUAUUUUGACCAGAAGUCCCUUCCAGUCUGUCGGUAAUACUAACUACAAUUAUCUUAAGUUAUAUAACUUGAAAUCAUUUGCUAUAUUUAUUUACUGUUAUCUCAUGUCUUUUAUUCGUCCUUCUAUCACAUAUGAUAUUACUGUUUUGACUCAUUUAAUUCGCAUGGUCGGAGGCUCCAGGUGUGGCCACAUAAGAAAACCACCUGUUUCGGUUUUGUCACCCUACGAAUUCUUGCUCGAAAUUUGAAAAUAUUUUGAAGUGAGAAAUUGUAACUGAUUGACUUUAGAUAUGUGACUGAAACGCUUAUCGACAAUGACAUUCAAUGAUUGUCACACUACUUCACAAAUUAAUUGGAGUUUUCCAUUGUACCGUUGAAUGUCGACUUAACGGUUGUGAUGGUUAAGCUUUCUUCAUGAAACCUGAAGGUCCUAAAUGCAACUCCGUGAUGAUGAGGUUAUGAAUGGGCAUUACUGAGUAAUCUCAAACUAAUGUUAAGGUAUCAUAAUUGAGAUAAAUCUGUGAUCAAUACAAACUAUACAAUAGAUCAAUUUCCAUUAAACCCCUUUCAACUAUACACUUGUUGUUGUUGUUUAAUUAUCUUUUUUUCUCCAUUCAAGUGAAUCAUUGAAUUGUACAAAAAAAUCAGAACAUAUUUUACCUGGUUGUCAAACAGCUGGUCAAUUUGAACAUCAAGUUAAUCAGUUUUUACGGUCUUUAUGGAAUAAAUACUUGGGUAAUGAAGAGGUGGAUGCAUUAAUUUCACGUUUAACUACUAAUAUUAUUAUAUUUCAUACAUAUGAUGAUGAUGAUAUCCAAUAGAUGAUAAAAACGAUACCAUUUUUACAUAACAAAUGUGUAAUAUGAAACCUACUUUGUAUGAAUAAGAACAAUAAAUAAAAAUCUUAACUUUGUAUUUUCAUUCAUUUUGUUUGGGUUUAUAUUCAUGUUGCUGUAACUUUGUAGUGUGUGGUACUGAUAUCAACAGAUAUAAGUCAUAGUAUGUGUUAUAUCCGAGCGAAGAUUAAAUCACGAGUAACGUCUGAGCCAAAUGAAUUGACUAAUAUUAUCUCUAUAUAUUCUUAUGAUAUAACUAUUCAAUAAUCAGAUUAUGUAUAUCUAUAUUCCCAUUAUUUUAAGCUUCAUUUUGACCUAUAUAUGAUUAUUGUGCGAUUUACGGUUCUUAAGCUAUGUUCAGUUUAUUGACUACGGCCUCCCACGUUUACAGCCACUUUUUGGUUUUAUUGUGUAUGAAUGUUAUUUCCUAUUUUAUGGUACGUUGCGGUCUGUUUAGUUGAUAUAUAAACCCAAUAUGUCUGAAAUAAAUGAUUCGAUUCGAUUUGCAUAUUGGAAGCUGGUUUCUGGUGUUCUGGACUCAAGUGGACGGGCUAGGGGAACAUAGGACCAAUAAGGAAGCUAGAUUGCCCAUACCGGUCGAACGUCAUUGGUUUGGCACAGUGCUAAGAUUGUAUAAGUCGUAUUUUGAUUGAUGGAUAAAUCACGUGAUAAGAAGCCGGAUAUAAAGUCAUAACAGUAUGUAUGCCUGGAGGUGACAGAAAGUUAAGAAGAUCGAAGAAAAGAAGAUGAGAACAAAGAAUGAUUGAUAUGGAAACGAAAGAACAAUGAAGUGUGAGACAAUUGAUUGACAUUGUGCAAACGAAGUAUUUACUGUAUAGUGGUUCUCAGAUUUUACUAAGAUGUUCUAUGAUUUUGUGUCUACAUACAUUUGAUUGUCCUCACUUGUGUUCUUGUUCACUAUACCUUGUCUCUAUUAAAAUAGAGUUAAAAGGCAGUAGUCAGAAUCAAAGUUUAACCCGUUAGGAGCGAAGAAUAAGGGUUCUGGGUCCGAUCUCGGGUACCUUUGCACUAUUGAGGAAUUCUACAUUAGAAAAACAAAGAUUUUCAAGGAUUUCCACCCCCCCCCCAGUAGUUAUCUAACUAAGGUCAGUUGCAUACAACCUAAAAUUAUCGAUAUAAUCACUAAUAAAUAUUUAGCAUUCCAUUGCAACAAUUGAGAACAAGAUCAAUAAACAUCUUCAGAAAUUUUUGAAGGAGCUAAUUGAUCAUUUAACUUACGACAAUCUGAAGGCAAAAAGAUCAUGACUGCUUUUUGAAGUUCAUAAAUACAACUUUCUGUUAAGAUCUAUUAUUUCUAUUGGUGAACUCAUCAUAUAAGUUGGUUCCGUUGUAAGCCGAAUUAUUAAAAAUAAUUCUUAGAAAAACUCUUGGCAAAUAGUUUUAAAGGCGCAUUUCAGUUUUCAAAAAAGGAGUAAUUGAAUGUAUCAGGUAUAUUUAUAGUGUCUUUUGUUAUGUGUUCAUUAUUUACUUGUGACAUUAUUGGAACUUAAGCAGCUUUUGUUUUAUCAGCUACAAGAGGGGUAUAGUCAAAACGCUCUUCAAUAGAGCUAGGAUGUUAUCCUCAAAAGGCAAAAUAAGUGAGGAACUGGCUAUUCUGGAAAACCACUUCAUAAAAAACAGGUACUCGAAUAGAUUUAUUACAAGAUAUGGAAAAAAUAUCCCAAAGAUGGUGAAUAACCAACUGUUGAAAAGAAAUCUGUCUUCAUCCGCCUUCCGUUCAAGGGGGAUGACGUGCGUAUUGUCUUAAUUCACAAGCACUAUAAGCAAAGAUGGAUAGUAGAUAGCAGUGGAAUUCAGAAGGCGUUUUGUUUUAAACAAUGGGAAGAUUUAAGUAAACAAUACGAAGUGAGUUUUUAACUUCACCCCAUUACACAAGCAAGUGGCUAUCAGGACUGA